CCGGCCACCUUUCGGCGAGCGCGCCACUCGCCGGUCGCCGCUGACCCUCCCGGGCCGCCGCAGCCGCCCCGCGGGGACAUUCAUUCUUGCCGCUUGCCUCUCGCUGGGCCCGGCGUGGGGGCUGCAUUGUGGGGGUUUGUCCCCUACUCGGCUUCUUUUUCUUUCUUUCUUUUCUGUCCUCCUUUUUCUUUUCCUUUUGGUCUUUUUCUUUUCUUUUCUUUUUGUUUUCUUGCCUCUCCUAUGUUCGGGAAACCAGACAAAAUGGACGUUCGGUGCCACUCGGACGCCGAGGCUGCCCGGGUCUCCAAGAGCACGCACAAGGAGAGCCGGGAGAGCAAAGGCGCCGAGGGGAGCCUCUCCGCCGCCUUCCUCAAGGAGCCGCAGGGCGCUUUUUCCGCGUCUGGCGCCGCGGAAGAUUGCAACAAAAGUAAAGCCAAUUCGGCUGCCGACCCAGAUUACUGCCGCCGGAUCCUGGUCCGAGAUGCCAAAGGGUCCAUCAGGGAGAUCAUCCUGCCCAAGGGCCUGGACCUGGACCGGCCCAAGAGGACGCGCACGUCCUUCACCGCGGAGCAGCUCUACCGGCUAGAGAUGGAGUUCCAGCGCUGCCAGUACGUGGUGGGCCGAGAGAGGACCGAGCUUGCUCGCCAGCUCAAUCUCUCCGAGACCCAGGUGAAGGUGUGGUUCCAGAAUCGGCGCACGAAGCAGAAGAAGGACCAGGGCAAAGACUCAGAGCUGCGCUCAGUGGUGUCGGAGACGGCGGCCACGUGCAGCGUGCUGCGACCGGCCGUGGGCGGCGCGCCGGGGCCCGGGCCCGCCGGACCCGGAGGACUGCAUUCCGGAGCACCGGCUGCCGGCCACGGCCUGUUCAGCCUGCCGGUGCCCUCGCUGCUCGGCUCAGUCGCCAGUCGCCUGUCUUCUGCCCCUUUGACAAUGGCCGGCUCGCUGGCCGGGAAUUUGCAAGAACUCUCCGCCCGAUACCUGAGCUCCUCGGCCUUCGAGCCUUACUCUCGGACCAACAAUAAAGAAGGGGCCGAGAAAAAGGCGCUGGACUGA